AGCGAACAGCUGUUUAUGACUUAAUUGGCCUUGCUUUUCAAAAACGGGCUUUGCUGUUGCUUUAUUUACUAUGCGCACUGCGUACGUUAUACGCUGAUUACUUCAUAGCACGGCCCAGUAACUAAGGCGGCUAUCAAACAAUAUAUGCAAUAAUAAAAUCAAACACGGUCAGAUAUAACAAUUGCAACAUCAAAUUGAUAAAAUCAGCAACAACAAUAAGAAAAACAACAAUAACACGAAAAGAACUCGUUAAUUAUGAGCAAGACAGAAACAGCCCCACCCAAAGCCGAGUCGAGCGCUCGGCAGAAACUGGAUACGUAUCGAGUCUAUGUGAUAACCUGGAAUGUUGGCAGCCGAUUCCCGGAUAACAUUUCGCUGCGCCAGCUGCUGGGUCUGCAUGGCGAAGCCAGCGGCGAUGCUGCUCAGGAACUGCCCGAUAUAUAUGCAAUUGGAUUGCAGGAAGUGAAUGCACAGCCACAGCAUCAGGUGCUGGGCCUCUUCAAGGAGGAUCCGUGGACGCACAAGGCAAAGCAUCUGCUGCGCGACUACAACUAUGUGGCCGUCAAGACAGAACAGAUGCAGGGCCUCUUGUUGACCAUGUUUGUGCGCCGGCCCCAUGUGGAGCAUCUGAAGGACAUCGAGGCGGAGUUCACGCGCACAGGCUUUGGCGGCAUUUGGGGCAACAAAGGGGCAGUGAGUGUGCGAUUCACGCUCUAUGGCUGUGGCCUGGCCUUUGUGGUGGCUCAUCUGGCUGCACAUGACCAUCAGCUGGACGAGCGCAUCGAGGACUACAAGCAGAUACUCGAGAGUCAUCAUUACCAUGUGAAACGCUAUCGUGAGAUCUACGAUCACGACUAUGUCUUCUGGUUUGGUGAUCUCAACUUCCGGCUGGAGGGCAGCGACAGCGCCAUCGAAGUGCGCGACGCCCUUGCCGACGAUGCCAAGCACGAAGCGCUGCUGCAGCGGGAUCAGCUGUACCAAGUGCGCGAGCGCACGCAAAAGGCAUUUCAGGUGCUGCACGAGCGUCUGCCCGCCUUUCCGCCCACAUUCAAGUUCAAGGAAGGCACCUCCGAGUACGAUAUGAAGCGACGACCCGCAUGGACAGAUCGCAUCAUGUACGCCGUGCAGCCGCUCAAUCGCCAGCCGGGCAUGCAGCUGGCCAUCGAGCAGUGCUCCUACAAAUCGCAUCCCGCCUACAAUAUCAGCGACCACAAGCCGGUCAGCAGCGAAUUUACGAUCAAGCUAUAUCCCAAUUAUCGUGCGCCGGGCGUUACCUUUACGCCAAUCUCUGUCUGGAAGAUUGGCGACGAGAAUACCGUGGAGUAUCGCAAGCAUGCGGAAUUCGAGGAGGGGCCCAACGAUUGGAUUGCCAUCUAUGGCAUCGAAUACGCCAGCCUGGCGGAUUAUGCGGCCUACGAGUAUGUCAAUCAAGCUGAAUCGCCCAAUUCCUCGGACUCGAAUCACGAACGGGACUACUUUGAUACGCCGGCUCCGCAUCGCCAUCAUCAUCAUCGCAAUCGGCAACGCCUGCGCCGCCAACAGGAUGCCAACGAGGAGCUCGUCCGACUUGACUUCGCCGACGAUGUCGAGCUGCGCCACGGCGAACAAUAUGUGCUCAUCUACUUCCGCAGCACCGGGCUGCGUGGCGUCACCAGCAUCGCGCACAUCUCCGGCCCCUUUGUAGCCGAGAAGCGCAGCGGAUCGCCGCAUCGCACCGAGUACCACGUCGACUAGCUAGCGGAGGCCCUCGACAUCUAUAUUCUGUAGUCGCAAGAUCAAACACCUAACGCCUAUGCCCUAAUUUGUUAAAUAUCACUCGAUCUACACAUAUAUGUUAUGUAUAUCUAUCGCAAUAUGAUCCAUGUGAAUGCAUUUCUUGUUAACGAUCUGUAAUUGUUUUCUAUCUAUGUAUAUUUAUAUAUAUAACCAUUUUGAUAUGCCUGCUUA